UAUUUUCUUCAAGUUCAUUGACCGAUUUCUUAGUUUUUUUCUUCCUUUGAUUUUCUCUUAUCUUUCACUCUCCAAGAAGACGAUUUUCUUGACAGGGUGUUGAAAAAGAGAAAUUAAAGGGAACUUUUUGAAAGAAGUCAAUCAGGCUAAUAAUGGGUUGCUCUUUUUUUUCUUGUUUUUCUGCUUCCAAGAACAAAAAACACCAGCAUUUAGUAAAUGGACCUUCCUCUAUUGAUCAGAAACCCGAAGCCAAUGAAGAUGUUCGAUGUAGUAAGGAAGAAGAUUUUUGGAAACCCUUCAACCCAAUCAUAGUGAAGAAAGAGAAGCUAGGGGAGCUAAUGAAAAACAGUGGUAAGAAGCAUGGAGCUUUUUAUUUGAAUGUGGAGACUAGUGAUGAAUUGUCUGUUGAAUCAUCUGAUAAGUUGUUGAGAAAUGAGGAAACUAAGGAGACUGAAGGAACAGUUAAAGGAAGUGGAUCUUCUGUUUUCGAUUUGAGUGCUUCGGCUGCAGUUUGUAAGUCUCCAAACAAUAGAUAUCAGAACAGUGACGAAAGUGGGGAUGAAUUGAAAGAUUUGGAUUUAGAAACAAAAGAAGUUAAUGAGGAUGGCAAUGGCAUUGGAAAGGCUAAAAAUGAGUCACAAUUGGACAUAGAAGAGUCAUCCGAGUCGCUGUUUUCGUUGUCGAUUGAGUCCAGGAAACAUGUUUGUGAAGUUGAAUCAGAUGAGAAGGAAGUUAAUAGUCCGAUUCCGAUUGUGUUAAAUCGAAAUGCCGGAGUUAAGGGUGGUGAGUGUGUGCAAUCAGUUCUGAAUCCUGUUGAAAAUCUUGCUCAAUGGAAAGGAGUGAAAGCAAAAGCAGGCAUACCAUUGAAGGAUGAAGAAAAGGAGAACAUUUAUGUGGAGCAAGGUUCUGAUUUUAAGCUCGGAACUUCGAGUUCGAGACUAUGUUCGAAUGGCAUGAAGCUGGUAGGGCAAGAAAUUGCAGUUGAUACAAGUCUUUCUAGCUGGUUAAUGGGACCUGAAAACACACCGAAUUCGAAGGGUAGUACUAAUUCAGUUGGGAAUUCAGCAGCAUCCUUCAAGACAAUUUCACCUAGAAGCUAUGAAGAUAGGCCUGUUUUAGGAGCAUUAACACUGGAAGAGCUUAAACAACAUUCUGCAUCUACUUCUUCCAGAAAGUGCAGGAGCCGGAGUCCUGAUGAAACACCUAUCUUCGGGACUGUCAGGAGCUAUUGGAACCAUACCGGCCAGAUAGUAGAUGCUGAUCCAAGCUCUCCACGCAAUGGAACACCGAGAACAAGGAGCAGAAACAUUCAGAGAGACCGAAAUGGAAUGCUGUACCAUUUGAGGCAAGGUUGGAGAGAGCUUUGGAUACAACAGGGACUGGAGGAAUAUAUCAUGCCUCUGCUGCAUUCUCAUGAAUGUUUCUGUUGAUCUGCAUUUUUUGUUGCUUGAUUUGUUUUAUUGUGUGGAAGCAUUAGAUUUAGGGAAGAACCGAACAUCCUC